AUGGAUAUUAAAAACCGGUACUACUUGGGUGAAUUUAGCACCGACGCCACGUGUAUUUCGAUAUACCCGAAAAAUGUGCCCUUAAACGACGGCAUGGCUGUAGACGGCAACGUUUCUUCGCUGGCCAAGGCUUUUAGCGGGGACACCGUCCUUUACGACGCGGCAUCAGUCAACGGGGCUUACGAUAAAUACUACGGCUACAGCCACUCAAGUUUGGGCAAAGAUAGGUUGGACGCAGAAUGUGUGACUUCGGAUAUAAAUCUCAACGAAUAUAAACAGGAGUACCAGUCGAAUUACCCUGCCAACAACUGCGGGAACUACACAUCCUAUCAAGACGAAUAUGCGGAGGCGGGGAAAGAUUUGCACGGCUGCCUGGACUAUGCAUACUUGCAACAGCGCACAUGUUAUAUUGGACCUGGGAAUUUGGACACUCAUUUUGACUAUAUGAACCCAGUCUUACCGGUAAAACGCGGGGAAUCCGAUGUAAAUGAGUCCAAGCUCCAAGGGAAGGGGAUGAAGCGAGGCAUGAAUUACAUAUACAAUAAGAAUCUGACCACAACGGCUCAAAAGUUCAAGGCUAAACGGGAAAAGUCUCAUACAAUGGUCACCAGAAUGUCCAUACGGCGACAGGUAAAGUCGAUGGAUAAUAUUGACUUGCAGACCAGGCUGCUCGAUUCAAUGGAUCUGGCCGACCCGCAACCCUCUACGCCCUCCGUUGUCGACGAAGGGGUUUCUUUGGGUCAUGAAAGUAGGCAGGAGAUGGCAAAUGCAGUUUUGGAAAUUACUCCCAAAAUCGAGCUUCAGCAGGAGUACGACGUAACGCCUCUCCAGGGCAUUGCCUAUUACAUAAACAGCUACACAAUUCAUGUGUUUGGUAUGAAGAAAUACCGUCCAAAUUGCAAAAAUUUGACUUGCGUAAUAUUUUCAGUGCCAAAAGAGGCGAUCACUAGACGGAAAAUUACUAUUAAAUACCUGCUAAACUACCACCAAUCUCUUCUCCCGACAAUUCUCCUACUUGAGUCACUAAAAACGUACGAAACGUUUUUGACAUUUUGCAAAGAUGCAGACUUGGCCAGAACCCCACACAAAAUUUUUUCUAAAAUAAUCCUAAAGCUUGGCAAAUCAUCCAGCUCAGACGCCGACAACGGCGAUGCGACCCAGGGCACAGGGAGAAAGUUUAAACGUUCCUGGAAACCAGAUUCAAUUACUACUUUAAAUGCUACCAAGUCUUUAACACAGCCCAGAUCCAAGCCUUUGGGCAAGUGGGCUGGAUUUUUUUGUGGUGAUUACAAGGCACGAUCUGCCGCCCACUCUAGCUACGUUGAAGGCCUAUACCUCGUCGAUAUAGAUGACAUAGCCGUUGAGCUUGAAGGGUUUGAGCAUCAGUUCAAGUGGGAAAUUGAUUUACUCUGGGAGAGGGGUGAGAUUGCACGGGACGAGAGGGAUGAAUGGUACAGAUUGGGGGGCCUUGACCAUGAAUGCAUGGCGUACCACAAAAUGGUGCAGGAAAGAUACGAGAAGAAUAUGGAGUUUUAUGGGCACCCCUACACUCAAUUAGAUGCCCCUGAUAACCACGUUAUUGAAAAGUUUAACGUUAUCAACCCACCUCCUAACUUUACUCCGCUACCGCCCUUUAUUGAGCCCAAGCUUAAAUACCCCCGGCCUGAGUCACACAGGGGGAUAAUUACCUCAUAUGUUAAGGAGCAGGAUCAGGACUUUUCCUUCAAAUUAUCACUUCAUUUUCCACAUGAAUUUAUCAACCCACAGUUGUAA